ACAUCCACUAACUAAAUGGGGUGGUGUGGGGAAUUUACUAUAAAAUACAUGCUCUCCUGAUGGCCUAUUCCUGGACAUCCCUGAGGACUCUAUCAGAAUCAGAUCAUAGACCCAAAAAUCUCCAGCACAGUGAUGAAUGGAAUCAUUAGAGUGGACAUUUUGCUUUAUUCUUGAAAGCAUUCAGUCUUUCACAGAUCUGAAGUGAUAUCACUUUUUUCAUACCUGAAAUUGGUGAUCUUGAAGAACUACGUUUAAUAUUUCUGUAAGGCUGGUCAAGUGGUGAUGAACUCCUUCAGUUUAUUUGGGAAAAUAUUUACCUCUCUUUUAAUUUUCAAGAACAACUUUUCUGGGUAGAAUACAAAACAAAUUCUCCCUUCAGUCUCAUGAUUUGUGAACAAAAACUGAAGUGAAAUCUCAGAGGAUGACUCUCUCAGGAAGCAGAUUUGCAGUACUCGUGUGAUUGUAAACCUAUCAGGCACGAAGACUAAUUUGACUGCAUCUCCAUCUAGUCUUCUCUGUGUGGGCUCAGAUCUCUUUGACAGUGGAAAGAAGCAGGUUGUUCAUCAUUCAAAGUUAAGCACACAACUUUCCAACUCCACGAAGUUUUCUGCAGCUACAACAUCUGUGUAUGUUGCAUCAUCUGUACAUGUUGCAUUCAGUAAUCAACUGAAUCACAGGCUGAUGCACUAAUGGUUCCACUCUGCCAGAAGACAGAUCCUCAAUGAAUAGUCCUGGAUACAGACCAGCUCAGAAUAAGAAGCCAGACCACCUGUGACUCCCAGCCCUCUCAGCCUUCUUCUCUGGACCAAUGUUUCCAUAUGGUGGCUUCAUAAUGACUAUGAUUGAAACUCUGUUGUACAUGAGGAUCACACUCCUGAUACACUGGCUUGCAGUGUUUCUGUCCUCCUCUGGACACAUGUGGCCUGAGAACCCCCAGUAUCACAGUCCCCCAGAAGUGGUGAUUCCCUUGAAGUUACCUCGUACUGGAAGAGGCAUGAAACCUCCAGGCAUGCUCUCUUACAGCCUGCAUUUUGGAGGCAAGAGACAUGUUGUCCAUCUGAGGGUCAAGAAGCAUUUGCUGUCUAGACACCUUCCAGUGUUCACCUACACAGACCAGGGUGCUCUCCUUGAAGAAAAGCCUUUUGUUCAGAAUGAUUGCUACUAUCAUGGUUAUGUGGAAGGGGACCUGGAAUCCCUGGUUGCCCUCAGUACCUGUUCUGGUGGAUUUCAAGGAUUGUUACAGAUAAAUAGCAUUGUUUAUGAAAUUGAGCCCAUGGAUUUUUCUCCCAAAUUUGAACAUCUGGUAUAUAAAAUGGAUGAGACCCAAUUCCCAACCACAAAAUCUGACAUUAUGCAAGAGGACACUGUACACCAAUUGGAGUUUCAAGAGACUGAUAAUUAUACUCUGAAGCAAAGUUCUUAUGUGGGCUGGUGGGUCCAUAAGUUCCUUGUUGAAAUGGCAGUGAUUGUGGACCAUACUCUCUACCUUCAUUAUGAAAAGAACGUCUCAAAGUUGCAGGAUGAUCUAUAUGUUAUUGUAAAUAUAGUGGAUUCCAUUUAUGAGGUAAUGGGUAUUAAGUUGUUAUUACUUGGUAUGGAGGUCUGGACUGAAAAAAACUACUUUGAAGUAGGUGAUAUAAGCAGAUCUCUGAAGCAAUUUUGUGAGUGGAAGUCCAAAAAUUUUGCUCCCCGCGUGUCACAUGAUACUGCACAUCUUUUUACAUAUAAGACAUUAAGAGGAUUAACUGGUUUAGGCUUCGUUGCAGGGCUGUGUAAAUCACACAGAAAUUGUGCAGUUGUUACUUGUGUUAACAAAACCUUGUCCAUUAUUGGAAUUGCAAUGGCUCAUCAUCUAGGUCAUAAUUUGGGGAUGUUUCAUGAUGCUGACGAGUGUAAGUGUGCACAUCCUACAUGUAUAAUGCGCUAUGAUAACCCACCAAUAACUCAAUUUAGCAAUUGUAGUUAUAAUUUCUUUUGGGAAUAUUCUAUACGCCAGGCAAAAUGUUUGAUGUACACUGUGCAUACAAAGGAUGUGUUUACAAUGAAGCGCUGUGGGAAUGGCAUUGUUGAAGAAGAAGAGGAGUGUGACUGUGGAAUUUUAAGGAGUUGUUCAAAAGAUCCCUGUUGUCUGUCAAACUGCACUCUGAGUUUUGGAUCUAUUUGUGCUUUUGGGCUUUGUUGCAAGGACUGCGAGUUUUUACCAUCAGGGAGAGUAUGUAGAAAGAAAGUCAAUGAAUGUGAUCUUCCAGAGUGGUGCAAUGGAACAUCCCAUAUGUGUCCAGAUGAUGUAUAUGUGGAGGACGGAAUUCCUUGUAAUAGCAGUGCCUACUGCUAUGAAAAAAGCUGUCAUAACCGUGAUGAACAGUGUAGGCAGAUCUUUGGCCAAGAGGCAAAGAGUGCAAAUAACAGUUGUUACAAACGAGUAAACACUAAAGGUGACCGUUUUGGUAACUGUGGUUUCAAAGACUUUUCAUAUGUAAAAUGUGAUAGCUCAGAUAGCCUGUGUGGGAGGGUUCAGUGUGAGAAUGUGACAAAAAUUCCCCUUUUGAGUGAUCAUUCUACUGUGCAUUGGACUCGCGUCAAUGGUGCCAUCUGCUGGGGUAUAGACUACCAUUUUGGGAUGACUACACCUGAUAUUGGUGAUGUGAAAGAUGGCACAGAGUGUGGCCCAGAACACGUCUGCAUCCACAGGAAGUGUGUCCAUUUAUCUCGCUUGGAUAGUAAUUGUUCACCUAAGUUUUGUAACAUGAGGGGGAUCUGUAACAAUAAACAUCACUGCCAUUGCAACUAUAUGUGGGACCCUCCCAAUUGCCUAAUAAGAGGCAGUGGAGGUAGUAUCGACAGUGGCCCACCCCCUAAGAGAGAGAAGAUUAAGAAGAUUUACGUGUUAGGAUUUGUGCUUUUUUGGUUGAUUGUUUUAUUAUGUUGUCUUCUUUUGCUUUGUAAGAAGAAAAAAUCUAAGAAAAAAGACCAAAAAGUUCAGGCUGAAGUUAAAAAAGCAGAAAAUGUCAAGACACAACAACCAAAAGAAAACCAAAAUGUUCCUACUCAACAAGGAAAACAUUUUCAAAACGUUCCAGUUCAACCUGCAAAAGAAGGUCAAAAAUUGCAAUAUCAGUCUAGUGUGUCAAUUUCUCAGAGUCAACGUGGGAAACAAAAUCAGUCAAUACAAAAAGGUGUAUCUAAAUAGGUAUCUAUUAAAAAAAGAUAAUU